CGUUUGCGUUGAGUCAGCGGAAGCGAACGUCGUCGUCGGAGUAGCAGCAGCAACAUCGCAACAUCGCACCAACAGCAGCAACAUAAGCCGUGUUCGUCGUGCCCAUGUUGCUAGUUUUCGGUUGAAUAUCGCAAAGAGACAGGUUGCCAGGCGGAUUAAAGUUGCAGCCUAUUUCGUAACAGUUAAAAAGUGUGUGUGCAUAACUCAAGCGAUUGCGAAACAAGUGUUUACAAAAAAAAAAAAAUCAGAGAAACCAACAAAAUUAGUGCCCCGAAAUAUACAGAAAUUAAUUGGUUUACGCCUGUGACCUUUGGCAAUCAAGUGCCACCUGUUGCUGGGGACACAAGGAGCUGGCUCUCUGAACAGCAAUAUUUAUAAGAUGCAAUAAAAUCUAGAGAACCUUAUAGUUGAUACAUCCAUUAUUGAUGACCAUGCAGGAUAUACGCCUACGCCUGGAACCGCAGCACAGUACAGUCACGUUUAUAUCCUCCGCCUCCUCCACCGCCUCGUCCUCGUCCUCCUCCCAGACAGCUGAGACCACGCUGAUUGAGACAGCUGAGAAGUCGCUAGCCAGUGAAGCAGGUGCUGGAACAGUGACAACGACAUCGCCGCAGCAUUACUUCCAUCAUCAUCAUCCGCCGGCACAUCCGCAUCCGCAGCCCCAACCCCGCCAGCAGCAGCAUCCGCAUAGCCACUCGCAUCCGCAUCCGCAUUCGCACCUCCAACGGCGGCCGGUGGAGCAGUUGCAACUGCUGCACAGCCACCACGAUGUUCAGGAGCCAGCCGAACAGGAGCAUCCGCAUCAUCCGCACCAGCAUCCGCACUCCAGCUCGCCGGCAAAUCCGCAUCCGCACCAUCUGCGCUCGCCAAGCUCCGAGGAGGAUAAUUCGCCCACUGAAAUGAAUAAUUGCCGUCGUUUGGUUGAUAAACCGCCGCUGGUGAAGCGGCUGACGAUGGGCAUUGGCCUGCUGCGGGGAACCGAGGACAGCCGUCCCCUGGUGCACAGCACCUGCGGCUCCUCCCUGACCUCCGGAUCCGGGUGCGGGUCCACCCAGACCAUCUCCGACGGCUAUGUGAACGAGGCCAUCUGCGAGCCGGACAAGUACGUGGCCAGCAAGUUCGGCGACUCCUGCCGCCAGUCGCUCUCCGCACUGGAAAGUGCCACCCAGCGGUUGCAGGUGGAGCUGCCCGCCAGCAACAAAAAGUAUCUGCGGGAGACGUGCAGCGCCAACUCCAGUCCGAAAUUGUUUCCUGCCCACGGCUCCCUGCGUCUGGAUAAUCUCAGCCUUUCGGAGCAGCAGGAGCUGAAGGGGGCUGCCUGGUUCCAGGCGGGGAUUCCCCGGGAAAUAUCCCUCGAGGUCUUAUCGCGCCAGAGCCCGGGUGCAUUUCUAGUGCGUCAGAGCAGCACAAAGCCGGGCUGUUUCGCCCUCUCCCUUCGCGUUCCGCCGCCAUCGCCACGGGUGGCCCAUUAUCUGAUCCUCCGGACGCAAAGGGGAUACAAAAUUAAGGGUUUCACCAAGGAGUUCAGCUCGUUGAAGGCGCUCAUCACGCACCAUUCGGUGAUGCCGGAACUUCUGCCCGUACCGCUGACCCUGCCACGCCCCCCGAACGCCCGAUCCCAGCGAUCGCAGGCGGCCUACGGGGGCGGGGGAAGUGGGAACGGGGGAGCGGACUUCGAGAUGUACGGCUCGCUCAACGAUUUUCGCAAAAUGAUGGCCGAUUUGAAUGUGUGACCGCUGGGCGCACUUAAUUAAUUAAGUAAUUAUGUCACGUUGAUUGAAUUAAGCUGCCCGCCCGGCUUGUCACAUUGUCCGGGUCGAGACGGGAUAACAAUCUGUUUAAUUUGCGUAAUUGGCUGUGCUGACGACGGUUGACGUGGCUACCGACAAAUAGGGUCCAUGUCCAUGUCCCAUGUCCACAUCCAUGUGUACUCCGCCAGACUCUGGGCCCACCUGUCCAUCCGUCUGGCCGUCUAUCUGUCCUUUCGUUCGUCCGUCUGUCCGCCAGGUGCCACAAAGAGUGCACAAAUUUUUAUUAAAAUUGAUAAUAAAAUCAGCUACGUGGGCGCCGGCUGCGGUUGCAAAGGGGGCGGGGCCAACCAUUGAGUGAGCUCAAAUCAUUUUUGCGAAACUGAUUAAAAAAGUGCAAAAACAUGCAAUAUGUAUACGCAAACAGACAUCAAGUGAUUAUUAUUUUUCGCGUUUUUAUCAUUUUUGUGCGUUUCUGGAUGCUUUUUGCUGAGUGGCAGGUGCAGCAGACAGAAAUCCGAAUGGGGCACUCGGAUUAAAUGUUAAUGUUUGGAUGGAUGGCUGGUAAAUCGAGGGGCGGCGGAAGGGGUUUGGAGCCCUGCAUCGGGAUGGGUACAAUGGACUCUUUUUGCGGUGCAUUUGAUGCACUCGUCAGGCGGAGGACUAGCUAGAUAGACUUAUAUAAUAACUAAAUAAUAUACCAAUUACAUAUACUGUAACUCUAUGUAUUUUGUGUAAUAAAACAUAUGAAAAGUUAA